UUUCCUGAGUUGAAGGGAAUUAUUUUCAUGCAAACAGCUUGUCAAACUGUGCAGCACCAAAGGGGCCGGAGGCCAAACUUGUUCAAGGCACCGUGAUCCUCUCUGCUGGCUCCGUGCAGGAUCCUCAUAUAUCUAAUCCCAUCGCAUGUACCACCAGCCCUGACUAGCAAAAAAUAUGACUAUAUUACAGUAUAACAAACUGCGAAACCUCCUGAAGGAUACACGUCAUGACUGCGUUCUGUUUGCCAACGAGUUCCAGCAGCACUGCUACCUCCCUCGGGAGAGGGGAGAAUCCAUGGAGAAGUGGCAGACCAGGAGCAUAUACAAUGCGGCUGCUUGGUACUUCCACCACUGCCAAGAUAGGAUGCCAAUCGUUAUGGUGACAGAGGAUGAAGAGGCUAUACAGCAGUAUGGAAGUGAAACCGAAGGAGUGUUUGUGAUUUCCUUCAAGGAUUACCUGGACAACUUCUGGCCUGAUUUAAAGGCUGCCCAUGAGCUUUGUGACUCCAUCCUUCAGUCUCGACGGGAAAGAGAGAAUGAGAGUCAGGAGAGCCACGGGAAGGAGUACGCAGAGCAUCUCCCCCUAGAAGUGCUGGAAGCUGGCAUUAAAUCUGGACGCUACAUCCAGGGAAUCCUGAAUGUCAACAAACACAGGGCACAGAUAGAAGCUUUCGUUCGACUUCAGGGAGCCAGCUGCAAAGAUUCAGGUUUAGUCAGUGACAUCCUAGUUCACGGCAUGAAAGCCCGCAACCGCUCGAUUCACGGAGACAUGGUAGUCGUGGAACUGCUCCCCAAAACCGAAUGGAAAGGAAGAACCACCUCGCUGUGUGAGAAUGACAGUGAUGACAAGGCCUCGGGGGACCCCCCGAGCGAGCCCAUGCCCACAGGCAGAGUGGUGGGCAUCCUUCAGAAGAACUGGCGAGAUUACGUGGUGACCUUUCCAUCCAAAGAAGAGGUCCAAUCUCAGGGCAAAAAUGCUCAGAAAAUCCUAGUCACACCUUGGGACUACAGAAUUCCCAAGAUCCGAAUUAGCACUCAGCAGGCAGAAGCCCUCCAGGACUUCAGGGUGGUUGUGCGUAUCGACUCCUGGGAGUCAACAUCAUUGUAUCCCAACGGACAUUUUGUGCGCGUGUUAGGAAGAAUCGGAGAUCUGGAAGGGGAAAUCGCGACCAUAUUGGUGGAAAACAGUAUUUCAGUGGUGCCUUUCUCCGAAGCUCAGAUGUGUGAGAUGCCAGUAAACACACCAGGGAAUCCCUGGAGGGUGAGUCCUGAAGAGGAGCGAGAACGGAAAGACCUGAGGAAAACCCAUCUUGUGUUCAGCAUUGACCCGAAAGGCUGUGAGGAUGUGGAUGACACACUCUCGGUCAGAACCUUGAAUAACGGCAACUUGGAACUUGGGGUCCACAUCGCCGAUGUGACGCACUUUGUGGCACCAAAUUCGUAUGUUGACAUUGAAGCUAGAACAAGGGCCACCACUUAUUAUUUAGCAGACCGGCGCUAUGACAUGCUGCCAUCCAUCCUCAGCGCUGAUUUGUGCUCACUUCUGGGAGGCGUUGAUAGGUAUGCCGUAAGUGUCAUAUGGGAAUUGGAUAAAACCUCUUAUGAAAUUAAGAAAGUGUGGUACGGCAGAACCAUUAUUCGAUCAGCAUACAAACUGUUCUAUGAAGCAGCCCAGGAACUGCUGGAUGGAAACUUCAACGUUGUCGAUGAUAUUCCAGAAUUCAGAGACUUGGAUGAGAAGAGCAGACAAGCCAAGCUGGAGGAGCUAGUGUGGGCCAUUGGGAAGUUGACUGACAUAGCACGCCACGUCCGAGCUAAACGAGACCGUUGCGGUGCCCUGGAACUGGAAGGGGUAGAGGUUCGCGUUCAGCUGGAUGAAAAAAAGAACAUUCAUGACCUCAUCCCCAAGCAGCCCCUGGAAGUCCAUGAGACGGUGGCUGAAUGCAUGAUCCUGGCCAACCACUGGGUAGCCAAGAAGAUCUGGGAGAGCUUCCCACAUCAGGCCUUGUUACGCCAACAUCCUCCUCCACACCAGGAGUUUUUUUCCGAACUACGAGAAUGUGCUAAAGCAAAAGGCUUCUUCAUAGAUACACGGUCCAAUAAAACACUGGCUGAUUCUCUGGAUAACGCAAAUGACCUGAACGAUCCCAUUGUAAACAGGUUGCUGCGAUCGAUGGCCACACAGGCGAUGUCUAAUGCACUGUAUUUCUCCACUGGGUCGUGCGCAGAGGAAGAGUUCCAUCAUUAUGGUCUUGCAUUAGAUAAAUAUACUCACUUUACGUCUCCAAUAAGAAGAUACUCAGAUAUCAUAGUUCACCGAUUGUUAAUGGCAGCCAUCUCAAAAGAUAAGAAAAUGGAAAUUAAGGACAAUUUGUUCAGCAACAAAGAUCUUGAGGAAUUAUGCAGACAUAUAAACAACAGAAACCGAGCAGCACAGCAUUCUCAGAAACAGUCCACUGAGCUCUUCCAGUGCAUGUAUUUUAAAGACAAAGACGCAGAAAAUGAGGAGCGUUGCAUAUCCGAUGGGGUUAUAUAUUCAAUUAGAACAAAUGGCGUGCUCGUAUUUAUACCAAGGUUUGGGAUUAAAGGUGCUGCUUAUCUAAAAAAUAAAGAUGGUUUGGUGAUCUCAUGUGGCCCGGAUGGCCGUUCCGAAUGGAAACCAGGAUCCCUUCAGCGAUUUCAAAACAAAAUCACCUCCACCGCAACAGGAGGGGAGUCGGUCACGUUCAGUUUGUUUGACCACGUAACAGUGAGAAUAUCUGUACAGGCCUCCCGCUGUCACUCUGAUAUGAUCAGGCUUGAAAUAAUAAGCAACAAACCAUACGUGACACCAGACGCAGAACUGUUUCAUCAGAGCUCGCUCGUGCUGAAGAGUGAUUUAGUGAAAGAAGUAACCAGAUCUGUGGAGGAGGCUCAGCUUGCCCAAGAAGUCAAAGUAAACGUCAUCCAGGAAGAGUAUCAAAAAUACUGCCAAACCAAGGGCAGAAGCCUGUACACGCUCCUAGAAGAGAUAAGGGACCUAGCCCUCCUGGACGUUUCUAACAGUUAUGGAAUGUGAGAUACUCUUACUUCAUUAAAAGAGCUGUUUUGUGAGUGUUUUACCUUCUUUUUAACACUAACACCCAAUGUUCUGUCACCUCAUGUUCUAGUUGAUUGGAGUUGGGUAGGUCACAAAUGCACAAAAUGUUUUCUCAUCAUUAUUAAUUACAGCUGUGCAGUUAGGUCACUGUGGUAACAGACUUUUCAGAAAUGAACAGAUUGUGAAUGGUGGGUCUGCAAGUCAGACUGCCAGUCUCUUUUUAAUAAACCGAGCAUUGAUUUUUGAUUA